CUCAUCCAAGCAGUGUGGGAAGAGCAUUCCUCACAUAAUAGGACAGCUCUCUCUCUCUGUGCAUCGUCGCUCCAGCCCAGCUACACAGAGAGAGUCUGGGACAAUGGCUGUGGAAUAUUUAUGUGCAAAAUGACAUUUUCGGGGAACAAGGAGAAAAGGACAGGGGAAUUGUGAAUCCAUCUUCUCUUCUCAACAAGUGCUGUGAUGUGAGAACUCUGAAGUGCAGGCAGACAAACCCCUCUCACAGAGCAUGCCUCUGAGCCCGGCAUCCAGCAAACAUGAGCCAUCCGACCAGCAGCGGCAGGAGGAGCUGCAGCGGCAGUGCGCUACCAACGGCAACCAGGGGGACUCCGACAGCUCCAGAGAAGACGCCGUCUACGACUCCGCCGCCGCCGCCGAGAGCCCCCCCGCAGGACCCAUGGAGGAGCCCCGGGGCAACGCCGUCGUCAUCCGCAUAGGGAUCCCUGACCUGCAGCAAACCAAAUGCAUGAAGUUCAACAUAGAAGCCCCCAUAUGGUCCUCCAAGCAGCGCAUCCUAUGUACUCUGAAUCAGAGCUUGAAGGACGUGCUGAACUACGGCCUCUUCCAGCCGGCGUACAACGGCAAAGCCGGCAAGUUUUUGGACGAGGAGCGUCUGCUGAAAGAGUACCCCCUCCCCGCCAUCGCCCCCAUCCCGUACUUGGAGUUCCGCUACAAGAGACGUGUGUACACAGAGGCUAUUGUAGAUGACAAGCAGUUGGCCAAGCUCACACCAAGGUAG